AUGGCCAGGUUUAAAAACGUCAAUGUAUAUUCUGGUCGUAUAGUGGGUGGUGUGAAAGUCGACAUUAAAGACUAUGGAUGGCAAAUUUCGUUCGAACACGAUAGACAACAUUUUUGCAGUGGAUCUAUCAUAACCGACAGCAUCAUUAUUUCUGCAGCACACUGCUUUGAUUGGAAUAUCGAAGCCAAAGAUGUCCAAAUUAGAGCUGGCAGUAGCAAAAUCCACAAUGGAGGAGUUGUAGUGCCAGUUGAAAGAUGGGUAAUUCAUCCUCAAUACAGUAGACAAAAUCAAGAUAAAGAUGUAGCAAUUGUUUUUCUAAAAACAGCUUUGGAAAUGAAUAGUAAUUCAAUUCGCACGAUUCAAAUUAUUGAUAAAAACAUUUCAGUUCCAAAUGAUUCAAAUGUUACAGUUACCGGAUGGGGAUACGUAGAGGAAGAUGUACAAGUUUUUUCGGAAAACCUUCGCGGCGUUUCUAUACCAGUGAUUGACUUUUCUUUCUGUAAACUAUUGUAUGCUGCUCGUUAUACAUUGACAGAACAAAUGCUUUGCGCUGGAUUUCUUGACGGAGAAAAGGAUUCGUGCCAAGGAGACAGCGGCGGCCCACUUGUCGAUGAAAAUAAUACUCUUGUUGGUAUCGUAUCUUGGGGCGACGGUUGUGCAAGGGCGGUCAGUCCCGGAGUAUACACACGAAUUUCAUCACCAAUUGUUAGAGAUUUUAUCAAUAAACAUAUCAAAACUAAAUCCGUCGAUCGAAUUGUUGGAGGACAAGAAGUUAGUAUCAACGAUUUCGGUUGGCAAGUUGCUCUUGAACAAAACGGCCAACUUUUCUGUGGUGGUUCAAUAAUUAGCGAGCAAUGGAUUCUUUCGAGCGCACAAUGUUUUGAUAGUGGAGCAACGGCUGAUAAAGUCUCAGUAAGAGCUGGAACAAGUACUGUACAAACUGGAGGAAUAUUAGUAAAUGCAAAGAGAAUCAUAAUUCAUCCUCAAUAUAAUAGAAGAAAUUUAGAUAAAGAUGCAGCUUUAAUAAACUUAGAUUCACCUUUGCCAUUAAACGGCGGAUCAAUUCGCGCAGCGCGAUUAAUAAAUUCUGGAGCUAUUGUAUUACCUGGCAGCAUGCUCUGUGCAGGAUAUCUUGAUGGAGGAAAGGACGCAUGCACUGGAGAUGCAGGGGGCCCACUUGUGGAUAGCAACAGGACCCUGGUCGGAAUCGUCUCUUGGGGAGACGGUUGCGCUAGGUCUUUCAGUCCUGGUGUUUAUACCCGAAUUUCCUCCGCCAGCGUUAGGGAUUUUAUACGCACUAACUCCGGAGUUUAG